UGGGUGUGACGUCAUCUACUCAUACAAACAAACUAGCAACAGUUAGGUGAACAGCUUGAGCCCCUGUGAGACAGUCAUGCUAAGAAAAACAAUUGUUAAAACUGUUUGUUAGACUUUGGCGGCUCUCCCGAUCAUCGAAGGCAAUAUAAGUCUCAUUUGGGGGGAAGUUUAACCAAAGAGUGUGCAGAUAGUGGAGGAGCAGCUGCUGAUACGAUGAAUUUCUCUGAGGUAUUCAAGCAAUCCAACCAGCACUGUAAAGUUUCUCCAGAUGGGAAAUAUUUGGCUACUUGUGUGCAGUACAGGCUGGUGGUGCGAGAUGUAAGCACCUUGCAGAUACUACAGCUCUACACUUGUCUGGACCAGAUAUCCCACAUGGAGUGGUCUUCUGAUUCCCUCUUCAUCCUCUGUGCUAUGUACAAGAGGGGAAUAGUACAGGUGUGGUCUCUGGAACAGCCGGACUGGCACUGUAAGAUUGAUGAGGGCUCAAUAGGACUACUCUCCUCCCGCUGGAGUCCAGAUGGACGUCACAUUCUCAACACCACUGAGUUCCAUCUGAGAAUCACCGUCUGGUCCCUGUGCACCAAAGCAGUGUCCUACAUCAAGUAUCCCAAAGCAUGUCAGAAGGGUAUCGAUUUCAGCAGAGAUGGUUGCUAUAUGGCUUUGGCUGAACGCCGCGACUGCAAAGACUAUGUUAGUGUAUUUGUAUGUGAUGACUGGCAUUUGCUCAGGCAUUUUGAGACUGAGACGCAGGACCUGGGAGGGCUGGAGUGGUCUCCCAAUGGUUGUGUCCUGGCGGUGUGGGAUAGCUGUCUGGAGUACAAGGUGUUGAUGUAUUCUCUGGAUGGCCGGUUGCUGUCCAUCUACAGUGCCUAUGAGUGGUCGCUGGGUGUGAAGUCUGUGACCUGGAGCCCCAGCAGCCAGUUCCUGGCCAUUGGCAGUUAUGAUGAAAAAGUCCGCAUCCUCAAUCAUAUCACAUGGAAAAAAAUUACACAGUUUGAGCACUCGGCAACCAUCAACAAUUCCAAAGCUGUUGUAUAUAAGGAAGUGGAAAGAAGGCCAGCUGUUGGAAGUGAUGACCUGUCGCUACACAACAUUACAAUUGGUACCACCCUCUUCAACACCCAGAGCCAAUAUGAGAUCUGUCAACCUCCAGUCCAAAUUCCUGUGAUCAAACCAGAUCCAGAUCGAGCCAACCCGAAGAUAGGUGUCUCUGCUUUGGCAUUCAGCUCAGACAGUCGCUAUUUAGCAACCAAAAACGACAACAUGGCUAGUGCUGUCUGGGUGUGGGAUAUGCAGAAGAUGACCCUUGAGGCUGUGCUUGAGCAGACAUCAGCUGUGCGGUGCUUUCAGUGGGAUCCACGACGCCCUCGGCUGGCACUAUGUACAGGCAACACCAAACUCUAUCUCUGGUCCCCAGCAGGCUGUGUUUCUGUCCAAGUCCCCACUGAAGGUGGUUUCCAGGUCCAGUCACUAAACUGGCACUGCAGCGGAGACUCUCUGAUCCUGCUCUCAAAGGAGCAGCUAUGUUUGUGCUACAUGGAUACUGACCAGGAAGACAAGUAAAACACACAAAAACACAGGCCUCAAGAAAGACUGGAUUACAGUUUAGGGUUUUUCUUAUCAUUCACUUGGUGAAGAAUGUGUAAAAGUGAUGAUCACAAGACUGAUCUGAGAGCUCCUCCUGAAAAAAAUGUGUCUUAACAUGUUGAACUGCUAUUCCACUCCAAGGUGUGAAAGGUGCUCAGUGCUGGUUACUGGGAUGUUCCAUUUCAUGUUAGAAGCACAAAUAUUUUCUUCUUGAGGACAAAUAAUGGAUAAAUAUCCCUUUUUAAAUAAUUGAAUGCGCACUUAAGGUCUAGUUUUUGACACUGAGAAGAAAGAUGUUUACAUAGUUUACUUUGUGUUCUUUUAAUAUAUUUGUGCAUCUAAAUUGUGUAACUAUUUUGAAUAAAUUUUGUUAUAAUAAUGCA